AUGAGGGUUCUCGUGGUUCUCGCUCUUUUCUCCGGUGAGUCAAACUUUGAUCCUCCGUCCUGAACCAGGAUCAUCAUCAUCAUCAUCAUCAUCAUCAUGAGUCUCACCUCCAAAUGAUCAAUCUGCUCUUCUUCAUCUUUCAGUUUGUAAUGCAAACAUCUUGUGGCACGAGCAGCCCAAGACCAACCUGGACAUGGUGAAGGACGCUUUCUGGGACUACGUGGCCAAGAUGACCAUGGCCACCGAGGACUCCAUGAGGCAGAUCCGAGAGUCUGAGCUGGGACAGGAGUUCAAGUAAGAGUCCGUGUGUUCGGAUCCUUUCCUUCAAGACUUUGGUGUGUCUUCAAGUUCUUGAUGAAGUUUGUCUUCUGUCCCUCAGCGCCAGGAUCUCCCAGAGCGCCGACACCGUGAACCAGUAUGUGGUCGCUCUGAGGACUCAGGUCGCUCCUCUCUCCGAGAACUUCAUGGCCCAGCUGACCCAGGAGGCCGAGCAGCUCAAGACCCGCCUGGAGGAGGAUAUGAAGACCAUGAGCGCCACCCUGCAGCCCUACGCCCAGGAAAUGGUGGCUCGCAUCCAGAAGCAGGUGGAGGAUCUGAGGAGGGAGGCCGCCCCCUACGCCGAGGCCAUGGACCCCGAGUCCGUGAAGGCCGUCCUGCUGCAGAAGAGCCAGGAGCUGAAGAUGCAGCUGGACAAGAGCGUGGAGGAGCUGCAGGCCCAGAUGGUCCCCUACGCCGACGACAUGAAGAACAAGAUGGAGCAGAGUGUGGAUGACUUUCAGACACGCAUGAUGCCCAUCGCCCAGGACUUCAGGACCCAGCUGACCCAGAAGACCCAGGAGAUCCAGCAGAGCCUGAUCCCCCUGGGAGAGGAGCUGAAGGCCAAGAUGGACGCCAGCGCUCAGGACAUGCAGGCUCAGCUGAUCGCUCUGUGGGAGUCUUUCGCCAAGACGACCCAGUAA